AAGGUUUGGCGGGAAAAUCAUAAGAAUCACGAGUAGCUCUCGUUUUAUUUUCAUUUCAGAGUUUUAUUGCUUAACGUAGAAUGUAUUUUAUAUUCAAUAUAGUUCUGUAAAAGUGCACAAGUGAAAUGGGGUUAAGAGUGUUUUGCAAAGAAUAUAUACUCUCUACGAGAGGUGUUUUGUUAUUGAAACUAACACGUCAACGUACAUGUUUUCUGUGUCAACGGUCAACCACACUAUUUGUAGAUAUAUAAUAUCUAUUUUAACUUAAUAAUCUACAACCACACGUCAACUUUGGUCAACGACUAACGACGUCAAUUUUUUUAACUUACCUUUAUACAAUUUACUGAUUUAAAAUAUUCUGAAGAGAUACCAAAUAUUGUGCUUUUAUAUUUAGAAUGAUAUUGUUUAAAAUUAUGUAAUUAUUGGAUGACAACAUUUCUAAAGCGUUUAUGUACCCGAUGAUUGUAGGUACCUACCAUCAACGACAUUCCUCUAAAUUAUAUUAGUUAUUUUUUUUAAGCAUCGGCUUAACCACUUGAGCGCCACAACUGUUUUAUCAGGAAGCUCCAAAGUUGGUCUCCCAUCCAAUAGCUGUCUUGAGUCAAUGUUGCAUAACAGUUUUAAAUCGAAUAAACACACACUUAAAUUUUAUUUUCAGAUAUUCAUUAAUAAAUAGUUCAAUAUACCUACAAUUACGCUUUGUAGGUAAGCUUUCACAUCAAUCAAAAUAAACAAGAAUUCCAAAUGACUUGGGACAUAACGUUAGAUUUCGAGUACGUAGUGACAAAGAAGGCCCCACCGCGGCUGUGUUUUGGCACUUUGUUAGACCGCGAGGUACUACCAACAAGUGGGCCUGCUGUCAGCCCUUUUAUGAGACGACAAAUAUAUCCACCUAAGCCAAACUUGGGACCUGGUACUUAUGAAAACAACCGUGAUGCAUUUUACGAUCUCACACAUAGGAUAUACAGCCAAUGUUGCUACGGUCCCAAAUCCCCGAGAUGGAAAGUAAAACAUGAAUAUCAGCCACCGCCGAGGGAACUUCCACCGCCGAAACCAAUACCUCAGAACCGUGCGCCAUUUAAUUCUAUAUCAAAAAGAAAAGGAUUGUUCAAACCUACCGAAUCUCCUGCACCGUGUGAUUACCUUCCAUUGUACAAGAAGAGACAAAUGAAAUUUGCCUACAGUUUUACUGGAAAGAAAGUUUUGAGAUGCGCAGUAGAGAUCAAAUGCGUUCCUUACAAUUUGGACGCUUGUGGUUAUUGUGGGUGUUCAUGCUCUGCGCAAGGUGAUUAUUGGCAGUAUGAGAACAGAGUUUUCCUAUGCAGGAAGCAUUAUGCCAGACUAUUCAAGAACUGCUUGUCUAGAUUUCAAGGUGUAAAAUUAGCUGACUUCAAGUCCGUGAGAGAUUGUUUCUUCGCACAUUCACAUAAUAGUUGCAAAGCUGCUUUAAAAAUAAUGAAGAUUGAAGAAAUAGAAAAGAAAUUGAGAAAAGAAGCCUAUCUCGAUUUGUAUUUCCCGCAACGCAAAUUUUGUUUUGAAAACUAGUGUCUAGUAAGCAGUUUCUCCAUUUAGCUUCGCAGCAGAUUGAAAUAGUAGUAAUGUUGGCAACAUUGAAUUAAUCAAUCAUCUGAUUUUGUCUAUGACUAGAUUUGACCAUAGACUUGCAAAUGCAUUUUGCGUUUGCGUUUGGCAACUUUUGUAUUUGGAAGAACAACACUUGAGUGCCCUCUGUGCUUAUUUAUUAUUUUGAUAUCGAAUCAAUAAUAACUCAAAAGCAAAGUGAAAUCAUGAAGUUAGAUUCCAAUAAUAAGAUGAUCAAUGGUGAUAGUGGUGCUGAAACGCCGGACGACGUCGUCGAUCCACGUCAAAACGCCGAGGACAUUAUUGACGAGAUUCUAGCGGAAUUCUCAGAAUCUCGAUCGCCUGAUGCCGUGAGAAAUGGUAACGGCAUACCAGAGAACUUGUUCAAUAUUAUACAGCCACCUCGUACCAGAACCCCGGCCAAUUCGUUCUCUGAGAAUGCUACUUUAGAGGACAUUGAUCCGUCGUCCGAUCUCGGGACGUCGAUUCGAAACAAGUGCUUAGAGUUGGAGGAGAUUCUCCAAAGUCUCAAAUCUAGACUGAAUCAUGUUGUGCUUGAUGAGAAUAUAGUCCUGAGCCCUGAAGCAAACUCCAUGGAAGCACAGCUCGAGCACGACCUCGACACUGAUUGCCAAGAGGAACUUUCCUUACAAGAGUUCCUCGAGAUAUUACAUUCCCAAAACAAAAUUACACCCAGCGGCGUCCAAUGAUCGCUUACAACGUUUUUUUAUUUAUAUAUAUAAGGUAUUAAUAUUAUAAAAAGAAUUUAUUGUGUGCAAAUUUGAGAUUAGACCAUUAUUACUAUGAAAUUAUUAAACAUUUAGAUAAAAUAUG